GUUAUUUAUAACACGCAGCAUCUCCAAGUUGUGACCCUUGAGUGCGCAUUGAAAUGAAUACUCCCCAUUAGACUGAUGUAGUGUGCCUCCAUAACAAAAGCCACGCAGCUCAUGUGCUAUGGUGCCAGAGAGGUACUGCACUCUGUAACCUAAACUAGGACGCAUCGAUGGGAAUAGUCACGGCUGAAAAAUAGAGAUAUAGCGCAGAACUGCAACAAACUUUCUCUUUUGAAUCAUUCAAUUCCCUCGAUUUCUUCCCCUCUUACAUGACAAAGCACCGGGUACUUUGAGCAUGCAAAACCUCUCCUCUGAACAGGGCUGUGAGCUGUAAGUGCAACACUGAGAAGAUCUGUGAUUGGCUGCGAGAUGGCAGAUAUACUGGAGCUGCGGACAGAUGGAAACUCACUCCUGAAGGCGGUGUGGCUCAGACGCUUGAGACUCACCAGGCUCCUGUUGGAAGGAGGUGCAUAUAUCAACGAGAGCAAUGAACGUGGAGAGACACCCCUCAUGGUGGCCUGCAUGUCCACACACACUGACCAGCAGAGUGUCAGCAAGUCGAAGCUGGUGAAAUAUUUGCUGGACAACCAGGCAGACCCCAACAUACAGGACAAAGCAGGUAGGACGGCUUUAAUGCACGCCUGCAUCCACAAGGCUGGACACGAGGUAGUGGAUCACCUGCUGAGUAAUGGAGCUGAUCCCAGCCUGGAGGACAGGAGCGGUGCCUCAGCCCUGGUCUACGCCAUCAAUGCAGACGAUAAGGAGACACUAAAACUUCUCCUGGAUGCAUGCAAAGCUAAAGGCAAGGAGGUCAUCAUAAUCACCACAGACAAGUCACCGUCGGGCACUAAAACUACUAAACAGUACCUAAAUGUCCCCCCAUCACCAGAGCUAGAUGAGAGGUCCUCCCCAUCAUACUGCACCUCUCCAUCUGAUAUUGAUGUUACUGCAUCUCCCACACCUGAGCAAGAGCAACAAAACACAGUCUUCAGUUUCCAGACGAAGCUGAAAACCUCCAGUUCAGCUUCGAAGCUCGCCAACGGGCCCACGUCUCCAACACGCCGGCCUGCAAACCCCAAACGUGCACGUCUGCCUCAACUGAAGAGGCUGCAAUCAGAGCCUUGGGGGCUGAUUGCUCCAUCAGUCCUGGCUGCAGCCGCCGGCCAUGAGGAGAGUAAGAAAGCCAGCUCUGAUGAGGAUGUUGUUGCAGGGGUAAACGGACUCUCCCUGAGUAAGAGGUCAGCUUUAUCUCGACAGAACAGUGUGGAUGGGAAGGACGGCUUAUUCCCACUGGUGGGUGAACAACCCUGCAAAAUGACAACCUCACUAUCAGUUCCUCCGACAUCCAAAGCGUCAUAUGAGAGAUCUCUUGGCCAGCACCAGCCGCUGGCACGGCGCAGUACUGUGCCCACAGAGCAGGAGAGCAGCAGCAGUUGCAGCAGUGGACUCAUCAGUCUGAGAGACACAAUGCAUAGGAGACGUCUGGGGAACGAUCACUAUGACUCAGACUCACAGCUCUAUUCAGAUUCUGCCAUGUUAAACUCUCCUAAGGUCCCAGUGGAGCGAAGGAAACUAAACACUUCUCCACUAGCAAUGCUAACCAGCUCCAGAGAAUCUCUAGACAGCAAUGCCAGCCCAUCUUCUCCCAGCACAGCACGCAGGCAAGCACCUGGCUUACUGGAGAGGAGAGGCUCGGGCACGCUGCUGCUGGACCACAUCUCCCACACCAGGCCCGGCCACCUGCCCCCUCUCAACGUCAACCCGAACCCUCCCAUUCCUGAUAUCGGGGCUAGUAGCAAGCCCUCCUCACCUCUGGCCACAUGUAUUAGAUCUAUAGCUCCAGUAGCACCAAACACACCAAAGAGAGGUGGCCUCAAGUCCAAGAAGAAACUUGUAAGAAGGCACUCUAUGCAAGUGGAGCAGAUGAAACAGCUUUCUGAUUUUGAGGAGCUGGCUCAUUAGUUAGUGAUGGUGUUUAUGCAGCACAUAUUGUGGGAGAACCAUAAAUUGUCAGGAAAUACAUCCAUAGGUUCAGCUGUGUAGACUCUAGAUGACUCUAGAUGUAGAAUAAAGUAGAAUUUAUCAAAUGUAUCAUUGAAACUGAGCAAUAUAGAUAGAUUUCUUCCCUUCCUUCCCUACCUUAAGGAUUAUUAUCUUUUCUUCACAACAUCUGCUGUAUAUGUAUUACAGUUUUGAAUGUAAUUGCCAAGACAUGGUACUAUUCCUCUGAACUAGCUCUUUUACAUGAUAAUGUAAUGUGUAGGGUACAUACAGGGUCCAUUUGUAGCCAGCAGACCACUGGGUGCACUUUGUGCAUAUGUAAUUAGCACCAUUAAUGGGCUUUCUUUGGAAAAGAAAAAUGUGAUGCACUUGUCUGAGAUGUAGCUUUGAGUAAGAU